AUGCAUCAAGACAAAUCGAUGAUAAGAGGAAUGAAUCAAUCACGAAAUGGUGGUAAUGAUUCAUGUGAUAUUAAUAAUGGUCGAAAGCAUGAUAAUAUAAAUAGAAAUAGUUAUAUUAAUAAUUUUCAUAUUGAGAAUAUAAAUAAUGAUCAAAAUGGAUAUAAAGAUUAUAAAAGCGAAGAACCAUAUAUAUACUGCUCAGAUAGAGAAGUUACAGAUCCAAUUUUAGGAAAUAGAAAACAUACACAUGAAGAAAGUUUAAAUUCAAGCGAACUGUUUUCAAGAACUAAUUAUGAAUAUAGUAAUAAAAAUAAUGUAGAUAUGGAGAUGUAUAAUAUGAGUAAUAAUAAUUUUUAUAAUGGAAAUAAUAAUAUUCAUAGUAAUGAUAUUAUAGAUUAUAUAAAUAAUAAUAAUCAUGUGAAUAAAGACCUUAGUAAUACAGCAAAUAAUACUGAUACUAAUACGUAUAUUAAAAAAUUAACUUCGAAUCAAUCGACUGCAUAUUGUGAUGGCAAUGGUUAUAAUGAGUCAGUAAAUGGAAGCAAUUUUGAUAUAAAUUUUAGAGAUGCUAUAAAAAACAAUAAUAAUAAAAGUUAUAAAAAUAAUAUAAAUAAUAAUCAUGUGCAUGAUGAUAUGUUAGAAUUAGGUGAUAGAUCUUUUGAUAGCUCCUUUUAUAUGCAUAAUAAUGUCGAAGAAACCGAUAAUGAAAGAUCAUCCAAAUUAUCUUUUAUGAGCAAAUUAAAAAUGUAUUUUAAUUAUUUUGGACCGGGAUGGAUUGUUGCUAUUGCUUAUUUAGACCCUGGUAAUAUAUGUGGGAAUUUAAAUGUCGGCUUAAUAAGAUCUGCUGAUUUUAAUAACGCAGAUAGUUCAAUAAAAGAUUAUACAGGAUAUAGAUUAUUGUGGGUAUUAGUAUAUGGACAUAUAAUUGGUUUUAUUUUUCAUACAUUAUCAAUGAAAUUGGGGCAUAUAACAGGUUUAGAUUUAGCAGCAUUAUGCCGAAAAGAAUUUAGUAGUAAAUUUUCAUAUUUUUUAUAUAUAUGUGUGCAAAUAGCUAUAUGGGGGGCACAUUUGCAAGCUAUUAUAGGUGUAUUUGUGGCUAUUAAUUUGAUUUUAGGUAUACCUGUUAAAAUAGCAAUUCUUUAUACACUGAUAGAAGCAUUUGCAUACAGUUUUUUAGAGAAUAAAAGUUUAGAUUUGCUAGAAAAAGUAUUAAGUUUACUUAUAGGCAUAUUAGUUUGUUGUUUUAUGUUUAAUGUUUUUAUGACGCCAAUAAAUUUUCAAGAGGUAGCUUCAAGUAUAUUAUAUCCCAGAAUACCGAAAGGGAAAUUGUUAGACACAAUGGGAUUAUUAGGUAGCGUAAUAUCAGCACAUAUCUUUUAUUUACACUCAAAUUUGACUUCAAAAAAAAAACCAGUAAUAUAUAAUGAUAGAAUGGUAAAAAGGUAUAAUAAGUUGGGAACAAUUGAGUCAGGAGGAUCUUUACUUGUAUCCUGUAUUACAAAUUGUAUAAUUGUUUUAACAUUUGCUGAAGUAAACAUUAGUGGUGAUGAUAGAAAAGCUGAUUAUAAUCUUUUCAAUGCAUAUGAUGUUAUGAAAAAAUAUUUUGGGAAAACAUCGAUGUAUAUAUGGUCAUUUGGCUUAUUAAGUAGUGGAAAUAAUGCAAGCUUUAUGUGUGAAUAUGCAUCAAAAUCAGUUUUUGAAGGAUUUCUAAAUAAAAACGUUAAUCCAUUUUUUCGAGUUAUAUUUUCCCGAAUAAUUCUUUUUAUAAUGCUUUAUGCAUAUGUAUCCUAUGAUAAAUAUACUAUUGAUCAGUUAUCAAAUUUUAUAAAUGUUGUUCAGAUUUUGUUACUUCCAUUAGCAAUUAUACCAUUAUACAGAUUCUCUAUACAUAAAAAUGUUUUGGGAAAGUUUGCUAUUAAAGGGGCAUUUAAAUAUCUUGUUUUUGUACUUGUUAUUUCUAUUAUUGUUGCAAAUUUUUUACUAACUUUAUUUGAUUUUCUACAAUAUGCGCCUAGUAAUUUAUACGUUAUGCUUAUAUUCAUAUGUUCGAUAUUUUAUUUAUUAUUCAUCAUAUAUUUUUUUAACAUCCCAAUUACAAAAACAUAUUACAAAGACAGUUAG